GGUGAGUAAUUUGGGCAGAUGAGAAGCAGCUGAGUCAUGUAGAGAAACUACAGGAGCAAAGCAAUCCCUGAAGUCAUCCACAGAGCAAAACCAUCUAACUGACGUACAUCUGACUCAGAUGUCCUCAAUGUCUUUUUAGAGCAUCUCACUGACGGCAACAAAGAAAUACAGGUUGGGAUUCUGCAAUGGGAAAGACAAAUUACUUAAUAAAGAAGGUCUUCAUUAUUAUAACCAUCUCCAUAUUAAUCUGUCUACUCAUCUUUAAUGUGACAUCACCCAAAGCAGAUGGGUCAAGCCUGACACCUCAUGGGCCUUCACUAGUUUGCCCAUCAAAAAUCUCUGACCAGACCAUCACUCCUCUCAAAAAUACUAAACAUUUACUGGUCUCGGCCUUCAUGGAUCAAAGAGUGCCUGGUUUCGACAUACGCAUCAUUGGCAUGUUUGAAAGAGACUCCAUCCAGCCACUCCACUGCCUUUUCUGCUGUGUUGGACAUUUAGGUGAAACCACUCCAACAAAUGUUUUAGUACACACAGACCACUUUGAUUUUCCCUUUGCUGCUACAGACAUCAUGUGUCAAAUUCCCCCAAACUGUGAUGCUACACAUGUGACUCUUCUGACGGAGCCCAUUGUGGAAAAUGAACCUACUCUCACUUGGAUUCCUAUAAGAAACAAGAAAACCAACGAAAAAAUUAAAAAGAUGAACUUCACAGUCUGCAUUUCCAGUCUGUUUGGAGAAUACAACAAUGUGCUUCAGUAUACACAAAGUCUGGAAAUGUACAGGUUGCUUGGCGUAAACAGAGUGGUAAUCUACAACACCAGCUGUGGCCCAGAUCUUGACCGUCUUCUGCAGAGUUACACCCAAGAAGGAUUUCUGGAAAUAGUUCCCUGGCCCAUCGACAAACACCUGAUUCCAUCUCGUGGUUGGCUUUAUGCAGAACAUGGAGGUGAUAUACACUACUUUGGCCAGCUCGCCACACUCAACGAGUGCAUUUACAGAUACAUGGAGCGUUCGCGCUACAUCCUGUUAAAUGACAUGGAUGAGAUCAUCAUGCCAUAUCAACACAACAACCUGAUGUCUCUGAUGGACACACUGCAAAAACAACAUCCAAAUGUUGGUGUGUAUAGCAUUGAGACUCAUAUCUUUCCCAAGGAGCACUUCGAGCCAAGUGGAAGGUUUCAUCUUCCUCAAUGGAGCGGGGUGCCAGGAGUUAAUAUUCUGGAGCACAUUUACCGAGAAGAUCCUGACAGACAUAGAUUUCAUCGUUACAAGUUGAUUGUUCAACCAAGGAUGGUGGAGCAGACCUCAGUGCAUGAAGUAAUUAAGAAUUUUGGAGAACAAUAUAUAGUUCCAUCAGAAGUCAGCCGGAUCAUUCACGUUUGUUUGGGCGGGACCAUACCUCUGGAGCUGCAUCAUGAAGACAAACGUCUGUGGGACUUCCAUGAAAAACUGAUUCCUAAUGUGGACAAGGUGCUGAAGAGAGUGGGGAUGAUGAUGUCAAAGAAUUGAAGAGGAUUUAUGGGAAGAACCAACA